UAGCAGCGCAGUCAUUCACAUCCUUACCAUCUCCACUAAUAGCCUUUUCUCUUUCUCUUUCCACAAGUGCCUCCAACAUUGGGCCUAGCACAUUAUCACAUUAGGAGGGUUUCCCCCCAAAAAACGGCGUUUACAUUUGAAUUUGCUCCUCUUUUGGCACGUUUUGCAAUGUUGAAAUUGUUUUUUUUCAUUGUUCUCGCCGGGGCUGCCCGGGCGAGUGAUGUGAUUGAAUUCUCUGAUGAUGAUUUCGACAGUAAAAUUGGAGAUCACGGGAUGAUUCUAGUGGAAUUCUUUGCGCCAUGGUGUGGCCAUUGUAAACGGCUAGCUCCAGAGUUUGAGGUGGCAGCAACACGUCUGAAAGGCAUUGUCGCAUUGGCCAAGGUCGACUGCACGGUCCAAAACAAUGUGUGCCAGAAGUACGGAGUUAGCGGUUACCCAACACUGAAGAUCUUCAAAGACGGAGAGGAUGCCGGUGCCUACGAUGGGCCCAGAACUGCAGAUGGGAUUGUGAGCCAUCUAAAGAAGCAGGCUGGCCCAUCUUCCAUAGAGCUCAAGACCGAGGCAGAUUUUACAAAGUAUGUCGGAGACCGUGACGCAAGUGUUGUGGGUUUCUUUGCUGACGGUGGAAGCCCAGCCCAAGCAGAGUUCCUUAAGUCGGCCAGUGCCCUCCGAGAGUCCUUCCGCUUUGCACACACCAACUCUGGGGAGCUUCUCCAGAAGCAUGGCGUGGAGGGAGCGGGAAUCAUUCUGUUCCGUCCAGCACGCCUCAGCAACAAAUUUGAAGAGAGCAGUAUCAAGUUCAGUGAGGACAAGUUCACCAACGCCAUGAUCAAGAAGUUUGUCCAGGACAACAUCUUUGGAAUGUGCCCCCACAUGACUGAUGACAAUAAGGACCAAAUGAAGGACAAGGACCUGCUGGUGGCCUACUAUGAUGUGGACUAUGAGAAGAACCCCAAAGGCUCCAACUACUGGAGGAACCGGGUAAUGAAGGUGGCCAAGAGCUUCCUGGACCAGGGGAAAACGCUGAACUUUGCCGUGGCCAGCAAGAACAGCUUCAGCCACGACAUCUCUGAGAUGGGCCUGGACGCCAGCUCCGGAGAGCUGCCCGUGGUUGGCAUCCGCACUGCCAAGGGAGACAAAUACGUCAUGGCUGAGGAGUUCUCACGUGACGGCAAGGCCCUGGAGCGUUUCCUGCAGGACUACUUUGACGGCAAGCUGAAGCGUUACCUCAAGUCUGAGCCCAGCCCUGAGAACAAUGACGGCCCCGUCAAGACUGUGGUGGCUGAGAACUUUGACGCCAUUGUGAACAACGAAGAAAAGGACGUGCUGAUUGAGUUCUACGCCCCGUGGUGCGGCCACUGCAAGAGCCUGGAGCCCAAGUGGAAAGAGCUGGGAGAGAAGCUGUCCAGUGAUCCCAACAUUGUCAUCGCAAAGAUGGACGCCACAGCCAAUGACGUCCCAUCUCAAUACGAAGUCAGGGGAUUCCCCACCAUCUUCUUUGCUCCAGCUGGACAGAAAAUGAGCCCAAAGAAAUAUGAGGGUGCUCGCGAGGUCAGUGAUUUUAUCUCCUACCUGAAGAGGGAGGCCACCAACCCUCUGGUGGCUCAAGAAGAGAAGUCCAAGAAGAAGCAGACCGAGCUAUAGAAGCUCAACUGGAGCCAACAGUCCGAGGCGGGAAACACUGAUGGAACUAAAUUAUAUUCCAAUUUUUAGUGAACUACAGAAUGCACUGAACCCUCCCUUGGGUCCUGCUGCUCUGGGAACACUGGAAGGUGGUGGUGGUGGCGGCGGCGGCCAGGGCCUGCCUGAUUUUAAAAUGUAUGGAAAGAGGGACAGUUUUGAAAUUGAGAUUAUUUCCCCUGGUCUGUACCUCUGAUGCACUUUGGUUUGAGACCAAUUUCCAGUCAUCUAUUGUUUAGUUUUUUUCUGAAAGCGGGGUGGUUAUGGUAAUUUUAUUUUUAACCACAUUUUUGUACAUUUUGGAAGGAUUGGGAAUAAAAGGCCCACAAAACAAAA